AUGGAGGAGGAAAUCUUCUUCUGCGACGAGGAUAAAGACAAAGACUAUAAAGAAGAGAUGAAUCAUCAGUUGGAAAAAGAAAUCGAGACGCUCCGAACGCUCACAGAAAACGGCGUCGGCAAACGAUUCGAUUUGUACGAGUACUCGCAAAAAAGCCAUAAAAUCCAAUGCUGGUGGUGUUAUUCUUCGACGAAUCAGACGAAUGAUGAAAUCUUCCUCGCGAAAAUGGAAAACGCGAGAGUGAUAUUCGAACAGAUUCGACCGCAGGUGUUGCAACUGAUGGUUUUGGAAGAGAUUCGAGAGAAGAAGGAAAAAGAGAAGGCGAUGAUGAUGAGGAUGAUGAUGGACGACGAAGAACAGGGGAAGAAGAGAACGUCGUGUACGAACAGAAACAACCGCAACAACUUCGUGUACGGCGAAGUGGUGUUGGAACCGUUUUACGAUUUUUUAUCGCGCUCGAGCGAGGCGCACCUACCGCAAUCAUCGUCGUCGAGAAAGUAUUACGACUUAGGGAGCGGAACUGGGAAGUCGGUGUUCAUAGCGGCUUUGACCGGGAAGUUUUCCUUCGCGGGCGGGUGCGAGAUUUUGGAGUGUUUACACGGCGUCGCGACGACGGUGGUGGAGGAUUACCGCGAGAUGAUUGAACCUAUGACGAAUGCGAUGAAUAAUAGCAAUAACAAGACGACAGAGUUGAGAGUAGAUUUGGACGAUAUAUUUUCAGUCGAACGCGUUCGGAUGUGGAGUCAAUGCGAGUACGUGUUUUGUAACUGUUUGACGUGGGAGGACGAACAGAUGGAAACGCUCGCGCGCGCGGCGGAACAUUUGAAAGAAGGGUCGAUAUUUGUUACCGUUUUUCUUCCUUUGCCGAGCGAGAAGUUAGAAGUCAUCGCGGAGGAAGAGUGUUUGUUCAGUUGGGGGGGCGAAGCGCCUUUGGUUAUUCACAGGAAACGAAGACAAUUGGAAGGAGAGAAUGAUUUAUUAAUCUCGCUCGGGAAGUUGAAUAAUGAGAGAUGCUCAUAG